GUCAAAACUAAAAGGCUCUUUGUUACAGGGCUUUCAUUUUAUACAUCUGAGAAAACUCUGAGGGAAGCCUUUGAGCCAUUUGGCGAGCUGGUUGAAGUCAAGAUAAUAAUGGACAGGAUAUCAAGAAGAUCAAAAGGGUAUGCCUUCAUAGAAUACACCACAGAAGAAGCUGGUGGUGCAGCUCUGAAAGCAAUGAAUGGAGAGAUAAUAAACGGCUGGAUGAUAGUUGUUGACAUUGCUAAAACCAAAUCAAGAGACCAGAAAACCCCAUUUGGCACUUCUAGUUUUCGGCCAAUCUAGAUGAAGCUUUUGUUUAGACAAUUUGACAGCUAGAUAUUAGAGAUUAAGUGACUAGUAGCGGCGUAAUGCCACAGUUUCUUGGCCUGACUUUAUUUUCAUGUGAAAUGCUUUUGUGAUAGUUGAGGGAGAUGAUAGUGAUUUCCCUUAAGUAUGAGGUGGUCUCCACGAAGAUAUGUAGAUACAGUUCAAGUGUAAAAGUACCUGAUAUUUACCAAAUCAAUAUGAUAACUUCAGAUACUGCAUUGUCCAUAUGAUCAUGAGCAGACAUCUCAUGAGAUGUAUUUCUAUUAAUAAAUAAAUGUAAUCUUCCAAAAAUAUAUGACACAUUCAAUAUAAACAGCACUAACUUCCUGAAUCAAACUUCAGGAAGAUCAAAUGUUUCAGGUUCGGAUCCAGCUGAUAUCAAAUUAAGUUUCAAGUCUUCCAACGUAUGAUAAAUUUCUUGGGACCAAUUAAUGAGAGAGUGAUGCCCAUCAGAGAGACAAUUCUGACGUCGGCCUGGUAUACAUGAUGGAGGAGAAGGCAAGAAGUUCAUGCCAUGCACUACAGUUCAGGAGAUGUAAACUUGGGAUCAGGAGCUAUGGGGGUGGUGAUCAGAGAUGACAAGGGGCGGUUUUUGGUGGCAAAGGUCAUCCCUGUCGCUCUUGAUGCUGCUUCAGCGGAAGCCCAGCCGGUCCUUGAUGGCAUACAUCCAGCUAAUCGUGUCCCUCAACUUCAAGCCUGUUGCAACCUACUGAUGCGUGCUAGAGAUCAAUCUGUAAGCUAAUAGCACUAGUCAGGCGCAGUGUUCACGUCAGAUAUUCCAGAUGGAAGUCGCAGAACCAUCUAUAUAUCUCAGCAAGGCCACAACUCUAUUAUGGCGUGGGUUCAAAUGGAGACGACCGGCGGCAAGAUGCUGAAGCCGGUGUACUCGGCGCCGCACCCGCUCGCGGGCGAGAUGGUCCCGCUGACGCUCUUUGACCGCGCCGCCAUGGACAUCUUUGUCUCCCUCAUCCUCGUGUACCCCGCCCCGACUCCGUCCAACGAGGCGCUCGUGGAGGGCCUGCGCAGGGCUGUCGCGCCGUACCCUCACCUGGCCGGACGACUCGCGGUCGACCGCUCAGGCCGGCGCUCCAUCCACCUCAACAACGACGGCGUGCUUGUCCUGGACGCCGAGGUCCCUGUCGAUAUGGCGAGCGUGGUCGCCGACGGCUGCUUUACCGACACCACCGACGGCCUGUACCCUGCACUCCCGCUGCCGAAGGAGAACGUCGGGGCGGCGCUGCUGCAGAUCAAGCUGAACCGGUACAAGUGCGGCGGCCUCGUGAUCGGCAUCAUCCACCACCACCACGCGGCCGACGGCCACUCAUUCAGCAACUUCCUCACCACGUGGGCCAGCGCAGUUCGCCAAGCCAGCGAGUUCACCGCCCCGUCGCCUUCCCUCGACCGCACGGCGACUGCCGUGCCUCGGAGCGUGCCGACGCCGGCGUUCGACCACCGGUGCACCGAGUUCAGCGGAGAAGAAGACGGCCGUCGCAGGUCGAACUCCUACCCCACGUGCAAGAUCAAGAAUCUCACGUUGCGUUUCACGGCCGAGUUCGUCACAGAGCUCAAGGCCCGCGUCGGCGCCCCAUGCAGCACGUUCCAGUGCCUUCUCGCGCACGUGUGGAAGAAGAUCACGGCGGCGCGCCGCCUGAAGCCCGACGAGUUCACGCAGGUCAGGGUGGCCGUGGACUGCCGGGGCAGGGCCAACCCUGCCGUCCCGCCGGACUUCUUCGGGAACAUGGUUCUGUGGGCAUUCCCGAGGCUCCAAGUCCGGGACGUCCUGGGCUGGACCUACGGCGGCGUGGUAGGCGCCAUCCGCGACGCCAUCGGGCGCGUCGACGCCGCCUACAUCCAGUCGUUCGUGGACUUCGGGAGCGUGGCGGACGCGAACUGGGAGGAGCUCGCGGCGACGGCGCCAGACUUCGGCAUGAUGCUCUGCCCGGACCUGGAGGUGGACAGCAGUCUGGGUUUCAGGUUCCACCAGAUUGACCUCGGCAAUGGGCCGCCAUCCGCGUUCCUCAUGCCGGACUUGCCCGUCGAGGGGCUCAUGACAUUCGUGCCAUCGUGCUCAGCCAAGGGCAGCGUCGACGUCCACAUGGCCGUCGCCGAGGAUCACGUCGCGGCGCUUGAGCAUAUAUGCUACUCCUUGGACGAAAGAGCUAAACCGAAGUUGUAAAAUGCUCCAUUAGUUUUGAAGGUCGCUUGGCACACCCACACUAUCUUCAGAGUUUGUGAUUAUUCCAUUUCUUUUUUGCAUAUAUACAUGUAACUUAACAACGCUGUGCAUUGCAAAGCUAAAUUUUAUUCCGUCAAUUUGUUCAGGUGUAAAUGGUACGGAUAUAGACGAUC